AUGGACAUGAUGGACGGCUGCCAGUUCUCCCCUUCUGAGUACUUCUAUGAAAGCUCUUGUAUCCCCUCCCCUGAGGGUGAGUUUGGGGACCAGUUUGAGCCAAGGGUGGCUGCCUUCGGAGCGCACAAAGCUGAGCUGCAGGGCUCGGACGAUGAUGAGCACGUGCGAGCACCUACGGGCCACCACCAGGCUGGUCACUGCCUCAUGUGGGCCUGCAAAGCCUGCAAGAGGAAAUCCACCACCAUGGAUCGACGCAAGGCCGCCACCAUGCGCGAGCGCAGACGCCUGAAGAAGGUCAACCAAGCCUUCGAAACGCUCAAGAGGUGCACCACGACCAAUCCCAACCAGAGGCUCCCCAAAGUGGAGAUCCUCAGGAACGCCAUCCGCUACAUCGAGAGCCUCCAGGAGCUGCUGAGGGAGCAGGUGGAGAGCUAUUACAGCCUGCCCGGACAGAGUUGCUCCGAGCCCACCAGCCCCACCUCCAACUGCUCUGAUGGCAUGCCUGAAUGUAAUAGUCCUGUCUGGUCCCGAAAGAACAGCAGCUUCGACAGCGUCUACUGUCCUGAUGUAUCAAACGCAUGUGCGGCAGAUAAAAGCUCCCUAUCCAGUUUGGAUUGUUUGUCCAGCAUAGUGGAUCGGAUCACGUCUGCAGAGAGAAGCGAGUUGUCUCUCCAGGAUACAGCUUCCCUCUCUCCAGUUGCUAGCACCAAUUCACAGCCGGCAACCCCAGGAGCCUCGAGUUCCAGACUUAUCUAUCACGUACUAUGA